UUCCAUUUCUUUCUCCACUAGUAAACCCUCAUCUUCAUCGUCGAUUUUCAAUCUCCACCGUUCCAUCUUCAACUCUAACCCUAAUUUUCCUCUCCGAUCACCGUUCGCAGCCAUGGUCUGCAUACGCAAGGCAACCAUUAACGACCUUCUAGCCAUGCAAGCCUGCAAUCUUUUUUGCCUCCCUGAGAAUUACCAAAUGAAAUACUAUUUCUACCACAUUCUUUCUUGGCCUCAACUGCUUUACGUCGCCGAAGAUUACAACGGCCAGAUCGUCGGCUAUGUUUUGGCUAAAAUGGAGGAAGAAAGCAACGAGUGUCAUGGCCAUAUUACUUCCCUUGCUGUGCUUCGUACUCAUAGGAAGCUCGGUUUAGCUACUAAGCUCAUGAAUGCGGCUCAGAACGCCAUGGAACAGGUUUACGGAGCGGAAUAUGUCUCCCUUCAUGUGAGGAAAAGUAACAGGGCUGCUUUCAAGUUAUAUACCGAGACUUUGGGGUAUAAGAUCCAUGAUAUUGAAGCGAAGUAUUAUGCCGAUGGCGAGGAUGCUUAUGAUAUGAGGAAGCAGCUUAAAGGGAAGCAAAUCCAUGGGACUGGACAUCACCAUCACCACCACCACCAUCAUCACCAUCACCACCACCAUGGGCAUGGGCACGGGCAUCAGCAUGGUGGUGGGUGUUGUUCUGGCGGUGAUACUGGGAAUGUUACUGAGGUAAAAGCAGAGUCUAAGGGAAAUGCAUCGAAAGUGGACUCCUCAAAGGUUAAUGAGAAAGCUGGAUGAGUGGAGUGGAGUGGAGUGGCGAAGAGAGUGUUAUGUGGUGGAAACUUAUGUUUGAGUGCAACAGGGGAUAUGAACAUUGAAACUGAAAGGAAAAAAAGUGGUGUUUUUUACCCCUAGGCUGGCUUUAAACGUCUGUACAUUUUAUACUGUCACAGAAACGUUUGUUUUUUAUGUGAAGUUAAUUAGGUUUCUGCUCCGUUCCAGUUUUGUUUUCGAUUGAGGGAAGUGGGAACUCUUCUGUGCCUCACAUCCUCUAAAGAUAACAAACUUUCGAAUUAUGUUUUCACCAUAAAUCAGAUGUUAUAUGUUGCUACUUUUCUUUGAUAUUAAGGGAGUAGUUUAGAA